AUGACGCCACAGGUCCAAAGGGUAUUUCCGCCGGUCGACGAGGAUCUCGAGGAGCAGACGGAGACCCGACCGGACGGCGGCCACGGCGGUGACUCGGACGCCAGCCACGGCUCGGCCCGGCCCGGCAAGCGCUGGCCGCCCGCCGACACGAGCCGCCGCCCGUCGACGGAAGCGAGCGGGGAGCCGCGCAGCCGGCGGCUGUCCAGCUUCGGGCUCUCGCGCCCGACGGUACUCGAGUUCCUGCGCAAACACGGAAGCCGCCUCUCGCUCAACCGCCGCCUGUCGGAGGCGUUCUGGGGCGAAAGUGCCGCCCCGCCACCGACCGCCGAGCUCCGGGUCCUGCUGAGAAACCGGGAGCUCUCCAGGAACCACCUCGGGAAGGCCCUAUCGGCGCUCUACGCCAAACUGCUGAUCAUCCUCGGGGUGACGCUCCCGGUGACGGAGCUGGUGUCGCGGCAGGCGCCCGUCAACUUUCACCAGGGCUUCUACCUCUACCUGUACGGCGUUAGCAUUGUGCUCUGUGCGCUGCAUCAUCUCGCCCGCUUCCGGGCAACCCACCACCACCUGGGCAGCAGCCAACGCCCCUCACAGCAGGCGCCAGCCCGACCGGGCACACCGUCUGGCCACAGUGGCUCGUUCUACCUGCGAAUCGGGGCGAUCGCCUUCGGGUGCGGCAGUCUGGUGUACUCGGCGCUCGACUUUGGCCAGUACUUCGAGCUGAACCGUGAUGCCCGGUGCCAGCACGACAGCGUCGUGAUGGCCCUCGUCCCGGCCGGCCGGAUGGUGCUGUGCGUGCUGCAGAUGCAAUUCAUCAUCGGCGCCGCCCGGGACGCGGGCCUCGAACGGCACCCGUUCGUGGCGCGCUUCGGCCUGAUGCACCUGCUCGCCACCAACGUCUGCGAGUGGCUGUACGUGCUGGUCGAGGAGGCCAAACACGAGAUGGUGCAGCCCGGCACCCAGCACCAGCACCGCCCGACGAACCAAACCGGGGACUCCGGGGACGGCUCGCUGGUCGGUGGCAACGGGUCGACGUCGACGGGCGGGUCCUGCCGGCACGCCACCAUCAUGCGCACCGUCGUCCAGAACACGGCCCCGUUCCUGUUCCCGUGCACCAUCGAGUACUCUCUCAUCUGCGCCCUGACACUGUUCGAGAUCUGGGCCAGUCUCGGCCAGGCUCAGUCAGCGCCCGAGCGGGGCGUUACCGGGCGGCCAGCGAACCGCCUGUCGGUAGACUGCUCGCGGGCCCAGCGUGGUGUGCUGGCCGGGGUCGUCACGCUCGUGGUCACUUUCAUUGCCCUCAUCAUGUACUUCGUGCUGCGCCGGGAACACCACCCGGAGCUGCGCGAACUCGCGCUGCUAGAGAUCGUCCUGUACGAGGUGGCGCUGUACUCGGUGACGCUCGGGUGCGUCGCCCGGGCCAUGGUGGCCAUGCGCGACCUGAAGGUGGUCGGGUCCGGGCGGCACCGGCCGCUGCCGCUCGACUGUCUGCUGCUGCUCGUCACCCAGACCGGUAUCUACGUGUACGGGAUCUUCUCCAUCAUCGGCACCUGCCUGGUGGAGGGCCGGCGGCCCACCCAGCACUGGGCGAUCGUCUCGGAGGUGCUGGCCCUCGCCCAGACCUCCCUCCAGACGAUGUUCGUCCUGAGCUCGUGGUGGCGCCGCUGCAAGGGGGCCCGCCAGAACCGCACCAAGCCGGGCCGGGAGACGGUCACGUUUCUGCUGGUCGCCAACCUUGCCGCCUGGCUCGUGAACUCGCUCGUCAAGAGCAACGCCAGCUUCCGGCCGCUGGUGAUGCACUUCUACGGGGCCGGCGCCUGGGCCAUCAUCGCCCACGUCUCGAUGCCGCUCGCCAUCUUCUACCGCUUUCACUCCACCAUCUGCCUGUUCGAGAUCUGGAAGAACUCGUACAAGGCGCGCUACGCUGACUCAGCAUCCGGAGCGACAUGGCAGUGA